UCUUUAGAGGAGCUGACUAUUCCCGGGUCAUUCUUAUCCUUCAUGUGCUGGAGGAAAGCUGAGCACCAUGAUAGAGGUAUACAUCCCCUCCAUAGGACAUCAAGUGAUGAAGGCUGACAAGACUCGUACGGUCUUCAAAAUUGAUGUUUUAUGCAAUGGUCGCCGACAUUCAUUGGAUCGACGCUACAGUGAAUUCCAUGCACUCCAUAAACUGUUGAAGAAGGCCUGCAAGGUGCCAGAUUUUCCUUCCAAACGCGUUCCAAACUGGAUGUCAAAGGUCCAAGAGCUGCGGCGGCAAGGACUCGAAGCUUACAUACAGGGGGUGCUUUGGUUCAACAAAGAGGUCCCAAAAGAGCUGUUAGACUUCCUGAAGUUAAAGCAUUUUCCACAAAGCAAAAAAAACUGCAGCUUCCAAUCAGUGACGGAUUUUGCUGUGGAAGAGAACAGUUCCCAGUUGGCACAUAAAGCAGUGGUAGGAUUUUAUAAGGACCUGUACAUUUUACCUCCAGAUACAGAUAUGCUUGAGGACAUCAUUUUACAAGGAGUUCUCCGAGGGCUGUAUCAGCAGAAACAUGAGAAGCUAUCUACAGUCAAGCAUGCACACCCAGAAAAUGUACAAUGACAGCCGCCUGAUCCUGUUACAGCACUCACUUUUUUCAUUUGGUGCUUUCUAUUGGCAAACUGGAGUCCAGAGAUAUCUGCUGUA